AUGACGAAUGUUAGACGAUCUCCAAGGACGGGAACGCAAGGCAGUGGUGGGGUAACAAAAAAGAGGGGAACAUCAUCUAAAGCUAGGGCCUCUUGGAAUGCAGACCUAGAGAAGGCUCUUGUGGAUUUGUUCCAUGAGCACAAUACUCCACAAUAUCGUGGGCAGAAUGGAUGGUCCACCGAUGUUUGGAACAGGGUUACCAAGAAAUUUCAUGAUAACCAUCCAUACAAGAAUUACACAAAGGGUCAGAUCCAAGACAAGGAGAAGGAGUUGAAGAGAGAGUACAAGAUGCUCAAGGAGGCUAGACAGCAGAGUGGGGUUUCGUGGAAUGAGAAACGGUGUAUGAUUGAAGCUGAUCCAGAGUUGUGGGACAACCUCAUCAUUUCAUUUCCUAAGAUCGGGAAGUUCCGUAGCAACAAGGCUUUUCCCCUCUUUGAUGCCUUGGGAGAGCUAUAUGAUGGACAUCUUGCCGAGGGAAACUACAACUUCACUUCCACUGAACCAACACAGCACACACAAGUGGAGGUCAAUCCCGAGACCGUGGUGGAUGAUACACAAGGAGGGAUGCAAGAGGCUAGUAUGAUGGAGAACUUUGUUGGGAACGGGGAGGCUCAGCCCACGGUGCCUGCUGCACCAUCAACAAGUACUGAAAAUGAACCCAAGAAGCGCCGGUCAAAUGGAGAUAUUGCUGCUAUGAUGGAGAAGUACAUUGAGAUGAAGACGAAGCGAGGUCGAGAGCAAGCAAAUCGCGAACAUGGAUGA